UGCCCUUUCAUACGUGGGAUUUCAAACACGAUUCUCGAGGACAGUAGUAGCCGGACCCACCCACUCUCUUUCCCGUUGUAGAGUGAAGCCCGAAAAUCUCUCCCAAAAUUACGAAGAAUUCUUCAAUACCAUACAUAAACCCACUCACCGAAUCUACCAAAAAUUCACCAGUUCCCUGUUUUGCAGAAUUAUGAAUCUCAACAUUUUCAAGAAGAAAACUUCACCCAAGGAUGCACUGCGGACCAGCAAACGGGAAAUGGCUGUCGCCACAAGAGGCAUUGAACGUGAGAUUGCAUCUUUACAAAUGGAGGAGAAGAAAUUAGUAGCAGAGAUCAAGAAAACAGCUAAAACUGGAAAUGAGGCUGCCACCAAAAUUUUAGCACGUCAACUAGUUCGUCUGCGACAGCAAAUAACAAAUUUGCAAGGAAGUCGUGCCCAGAUCAGAGGCAUGACAACUCAUACACAGGCCUUAUAUGCCAACACUUCAAUUUCUACUGGAAUGAAAGGUGCAACAAUAGCAAUGUCUGCCAUGAACAAGAUUUAUAUAGUUCUGCUGCUGCAUUUAUACUGUUACCAUUACGAGUCUCCGGAUACAAAUGCCUGUAGCACGUGUGGUGUUAUAUUUUGCUCCAUAUUUCUCUUUCUACGCAUUUGA